UGGCCGCGACCCUCCUCUCCUCCUGUGGUCAAGGUGGAGGUCUUCUACGACUCUGAGUACGGAAUGCCCUCCACUCACGCCAUGUCAGGCACGGCCAUCCCCUUCUCGCUUUUCUUCCUGACCUGUGGCAGAUGGGAGUAUCCUUACGCAAUUGGACUACUCCUUGCUUCCAGCUGGUGCAUCCUUGUAUGUCUCAGUCGUCUAUACAUGGGAAUGCAUUCUAUUCUGAUCGUGGAGGGACAAGUUCAAUCAUGGAGGACAUUGAACAGUGGUUUCAUGACCUGCGCAUCGCGAAACGGUCAACGCAGAAAACUGAAGAUUCAACCUACCUGCUGGAUAUUGACUGCAUAAAGUCACCCACUGAUCAGAGUAGUCAGUUAGUUGCUGUUUUGUGUUCCAACCACUGUAUCCGUGUCUACAAUAAACAGACUCUGGCUCUGCUUCAACAGUUCCAAGGCCACUCUGCUCCUAUUAGUGGGAUAAGAUUUGCACAAACCAACAGCCAUUUACUAUUCUCUGCUUCGUGUGAUGGGACGCUGAAGUGCUGGGAUGUGCGUUUAUCUAGCGCGGAGGCAGUGCAGAUUUACAAAGGCUAUCCUAAUAAUGCAUUUAUCAGCUUUGAUAUUAGCUGUAAUGAUUUAGUUAUCUGUGCUGGAACAGAAAAGAAAGAGGAAGAUACUUACAUGGUUUUCUGGGAUGCCCGAAGUGGAACCAACACUGAUUGUCCUGGAGGUCAAGAACCUCUUGGGGUUUAUUCAGAGACCCACAAUAAUGAUAUCACGCAAAUCCGUUUCCAUCCCUCCAAUCCCAACAUGGUGGCUUCAGGCUCAACCGAUGGAUUGGUCAAUAUUUUUGACAUCAGCCAAGAAACGGAAGACGAUGCUCUCCUUGCAACGUGCAACUCUGAUUCUUCAGUCAGUUUUGUUGGCUGGUCUGGUGGUCAGCGGGAGCAGAUAUUUUGCUUGACCCAUGACGAAGGUUUCUUUCUGUGGGAUCUUGCCCAUCUCCAUAACGAUGAGCCCAUCACACGUGUUAAAAUACAGGAUGCCAGAGAGAGCUUGAAGUUGGACAGUGGCCACUUGGACUACCUGAUUGGAGGGUUUUACCACAAGGAAGCUGAUAGUUUGUUUGUAUUAGGCGGCAGCCAUAAGGGGAAACUUCACUUCCUAAAAUGUGAAGCUGGUGCCCUUGCCCACAUGAAUUCACUACGUGACGGACACUCGGCAACAGUGCGUGCCUUUUACUGGGAUGUUGAGGAUAAUUCUUUGCUGACGUGUGGGGAAGACUCUCAGCUAGUUUUAUGGAAACCAAAUGCAGUAGAAACAACCACAGAAAAGAAGAUGACAAUGAAGCUUCCAUCAGAUGUGCAUCGAAAAAUGAGAGUUCACAGUAAAAUCACUUACAAAAGCAAGAAAUAAGAACAACAGGCAAAUCUUUGUGUUUGCCAUAGCUGGCUUCCAGGAGAUUAAUUUCCACUUUGCUGAGAAGUAAAUAAUUCUUCGUAAAUGUCGGGAGUUCAGCCAUUCUGUGGCUCCUAAUAUGCAAAUUUUAUUUUGCAUCCAAACAAUGAGCUUUUAAUUGGAAAAACCUGAUGCAAAGCAAUAACAUUCAAAAAUAUAGCAAGUAUUGGAGUUUCAUUUGCUUAAGUCUGGUUUUCUUAUUUUAACAUUAUAAGCAUAUCCUUGUAUCAUUUUUUUAGCACUGAAUGAUAAAAUUAUAUUUUUACAAGCA